UACAAAAAAAGAGAGAAACAAAAUUAAGAAAAAAGAAGCAUUGCCUUACAAAAAAAAAAGAUAUACCUACGUUUUCAAGGAACAAAGUGAGGAAAGAAAAGAAGGAGAACUUUAGACGUUUACGAAAUAAAUUGUAAAGAAAUGACUAAAGUAUAUUUUUAACAAGUUUUGAAAACUUUAGAUUUUAAACGUAAAUUUAAAAAAAGCGAAAACGAAAAAGCGCUAAAAUUCUUAAUAAUUAAAAAUGUGAUCUAAAAGUCGUUGCUACCAAGAAAGCCUUAUGUCCUUGUUUCAGUUAAUUCGGUUACACAUCUUCAAGCGGGAGACGCGUUACAGCGAGUUAUUCCCGCGCAGGAGAGGAAGACUGGACGAAGCGGAAAAAGCAGAAUAAGACAAGAGUCGAAGCAGAAGUCGAGCACAAGAAGAGCGGAAGAAUAAUAACGAUUAUAAGCGGGGUAGUAGCAAAUCGAAGGUUUUAAUAGUAUCAGUGAAAGUCACGAGGUUGACAGAUGAAAAUCUUGAAUCAUCGAAGCAGUGAGAAGAAGAAGAAGAGUGAAGAGUGAUAAAGAAUCGAGUGACGAAGAAAGAAGAAGAGGAAGUUUAUAAUCGAUACCCCGCGCCGCAUACUUAAAUAUAUUUCAGUGUGUUCAACAAACGAGUGUACCUAAGUGCAAUAUUAAUUAAAUGAUAGUAAAAGCUACUACCAUUGACGAUCGGUACGACGCGGUAAUCGAUAAUUGAUUAUAAAAAAGUAAAGAAAAAUAACCUCUUCAAGAUUAAUACUAGAGUCGCAUUUUUCUCGAGAGGGAGUUUUUUACGGACAUUUACGACGAUUUAUCAUAGUGAAGGACAAGGAGUGACCAAUCAUAAACAAACGAAGAAGAAUUCAGGUAAAAUAUCAGUGGCAAACCAUAAUAAACUGACGUUCCGUUGAAUCUAUAACAAUAGUCACCAAGAAGACUUGAAUAGUCUCUCAUCACAAACACGACAUACACACACGCAGUACACACAUAAAAAAAGGGCUUAAAAUAAUAAAAGUACUCAGGGCAACGCGGAACGAGCAGUGAUUUCAAUCCGCACAUCUCAACCUACAACAGUUACGAAUUCUUCGAAUCACCAAAAAAAAAAAAAAUCAAAUCUCCUUCGUUAAAUGUAUAGUAAUACUUGGACGACCAAAAUAAUCAAUCUCAGUCGUCAAAGUGUCCGUGAACCUCCGACUCUCGUUCACACCGUCCGGGCUGGGCAAUCCUGAAUUUAACCUGAACUUAAGUGUACGUAUAGAGUUUAAGUAAAUAGAAGAAUAAAAGAAGAGGCUGUCCUCCUUCGAGUGAGAGGACAUCCGAAUCGACUACUCACCCCCCACACACAUCUACUCAGGUAGAAACACGCGCGCACGAUAAUAUACUCACCACAGCACAAAUCACAGACGACAAUCCUCGACAUAACCGACGACAUUAUUACACAAACGAACUACAAGGAGGAAUAGGAGGAAAGUUCAAACAUCAUUAACAUCGACAACGAAGACUGCAGCAGCGACCUUAGCAGAUAUUAGCGUCAUCAUCAUCGACUCAUUGAAUUAGCAGAUAAUCAAGUUUGAUGAGCCAGACAACAACGAGCAGCAGAAGCAGCAAGUCAGCAGCAGCAGAGGCGUAUCAGUGUACAAACUGACGCCACCGUUGAUAAUCAGAGGUCGAGCGGUCGUGGGUCGAGGCGAGCUCAGCUAAGCUCAUCCACGACCACGACGUCGCCGACAACACGAGGACGACGAGGAGCCGAGAAGGCGCGAGUGAGGCCGAGCCCUCGGUAGGCGACGACGAGUGACGCGUCGUCCAGAGCUGCUUCGCGCCCCCAGCUGAGUGCCAAAAAGCGAGCAAGCUGCGCCGUAAGGGGGUAGCCAGGGCUUCUCGCGAAGGCCUCAAGAUUUCGGACGCGACGGCGGCCCUGGACCUGCGCUCCCAGUCGCAAGCCCAAUCGGACUUUGGCCUGGAUCAGCAGCUCCACCACCAGCAGCAGUUGGCGGUACACCAACUAGCCGCAGCGGCAGAUAGUCCAGCCGACCAGGUCCGGCCGACUCAUCCGCCCUAUCAGCAGCACCUCCAGCAGCAGCACCAUCCCCAACAUCAUCAGAGCAAUCACCUACACUCUGGAGAUUCGGGGGGUGGGCUAGAGGGCGGAGGAGGAGGAGGAGGGGCCGGCGGCGGUAGUGGUGACACUGCUGCAGCCGACCAGCUCGCGGGCCCUGGACAGCCCGCGAAGCAGCUUGCGAACAACGUCGAGGACGAGGACAUUACCGAGAGAGACGACGAGGAGGACGACGAGGAGGCCAGCUCAUCGGAACCGGAGCUGCCACCGGUGCCGGAGCCAAUGGAGGUCCAAACCUCGGCGGUGUCGGCCGCCGCGGCCAAUCUCCAUGCUCUGCGCCAGCAUGUUUUCAAAAUGUCAGACUACUGGCAACAGCCCCAGCGAGGGCCACCUCAGCACUCGCCAGGUAUGCAACACAGUCCCUUACAAAACUCAGCCCACCAACAGCAGCAGCAACAGCAGCAGCAGCAACAACAGGCCCAGCAGCAGGCUCAGCAGCAGGCCCAACAGCAGGCCCAACAGCAGGCCCAGCAACAACAGCAACAGCAACAACAGCAGCAACAGAAUCAACACAAUCAACAAAAUUCCAUGCACAGUCCGCUUGGUCAGCCGCAGCAGCAUCAGCAACAGCAGGCGCAACAGACCAACGCUGCGCAGGUGCAGCAGCACAACGCCAACGGCAGUCUGGGACAGAGUCCUGUGUCGCAGCUACAUCAGCAAGCACAGCACGCCAUGUCGAUGGGACAGCAGCAAGCCGGCCAGCAUCAAGCUUCGUCGGCUCCAACCACACCGUCGCCCUCGCAGGCAGCGGAACAUCAGGCGAACGCCAUCGCCACGAGCAUGGCCCAGAGCUUGCACAAUCUCGCUCAGCAAGCCCAGCAAGCUCAGCAGCAGGCCCAGCAGCAAGCCCAACAGCAGCAGCAGUCCAUGUCCCAGGCGUCGAGUCCAUCGCUCGCCGUGCAGGCCGUGCAAGCUGCCCAAGCACUGAAUCAGAAUUUAGGUCAAGCGCUGAGUCAAGCUCUGCAGCAGAACAUGCAGCAGAACCUUGGCCAGACCCUGCAACACAAUUUGGCCCAGAGCCUGACGCCGAGCCUAUCGCCGCAGCAACAGCAGCAGCUGCUCAAUCAGCCGCAGAAUCUGAGCCAAGCGACUCAGAAUCUACAGCAGAAUCUACAAAAUCAAGCGCAAAAUCUGAGCCAGCAGUUGGCGCAGCAGGCGCAGAAUCUGAGCCAGAGCCUGAGUCAGCAGCAGCAACAGACGUUGCAGCAGCAGCAGGCUCACAAUCUGGCGCAGAAUCUCCAGCAGCAGGCCAUCAACAUGGCCAACUCGAUAACGCAGAACGGCGGAUUGGCUGGCAUGAACGUGACGAGCAAUCAACAACAGCAGCAGCAACAAAAUUCGCAAAACUCCAUACUGAGUCCUGGCGCUGGCAGCCAAGAUUCGCACGAUGCCUCUCUGGCCGAGAAGCUUGUCAAUGAAUUACAGUCUCGGGCGGCUGGUCUCUUAGGGAACGCCGCUGCUAAUGCGACAGGCGGCGGAGGAGGAGGUGGCACGGGUGCCGGCAACGCCGGUGGCUUGCCCAACAUCAACGAUCGCACCCUCGAGGAAUGCUGGUCCACUCUGCAGCGAUAUUUCUCGCAGAUCUUCAUGCACAAGAACGCCAUGCAGAUGCACGCACGAGAACUGGGCGCCGCCGCGGCGAACGCCCUCGGCGCUGCGGGCAGGGCUGGACCCGGUGGACCGGGCGGGGUUGGCGCAGCUGCAGCGGGCCUGGCUGGACUAGCCGGUGCCGGUGGUCUGGCCGGCGUCGGCGUCGGCCCCGGCGGCAUGAUAACCGGCAACGAGGUCAAGCCUCACCAGUGCCAGCAGUGCCUCAAAUCAUUCUCGAGCAAUCACCAGCUCGUCCAGCACAUCAGGGUGCACACCGGCGAGAAGCCCUACAAGUGCAGUUACUGCGAUCGCAGGUUCAAACAGCUCAGCCACGUGCAGCAGCACACGAGGCUCCACACCGGUGAACGGCCGUACAAGUGCCACCUACCCGACUGCGGCCGAGCCUUCAUCCAGCUGUCGAAUCUACAGCAGCACCUGAGGAAUCACGACGCCCAGGUCGAGCGGGCCAAAAAUCGUCCGUUUCACUGCAGCAUCUGUGGCAAGGGCUUUGCCACGGAGUCCAGUCUUAGGACCCACACGUCGAAGAAUCAUUGCCAAAUGCUACUAGCAUCACAAUUACUGCCGAAUCAAGUUGACAUCGGGGAGCUGCAACAGCGUGUCGUGUUCCAGCAACAUAAUUCACUUAUCGGCGGCCCAACGGCCACCAGCUGUCCGGUCUGUCACAAGCUGUGCCUCGGCGGCGAAGCCCUCAUGGAACACAUGAAGAUCACGCACAAGGAUCCAAAUGCCUCCGGCGUAGCCAUUCCCACUGCUGACUGCCCGACCUCCGUUGCCGGGGUUUACCUAGCGAAGCGGCGUACGGCCAACCAUCCGUGCCCCGUGUGCGGCAAGCACUACGUCAACGAAGGUAGCUUGAGGAAGCAUCUCGCCUGCCAUCCGGAGACGAGUCAACUCAGCACGAGUCUUAGGAUGUGGCCCUGUUCCGUCUGCCAGUCCGUCUUUACCAACGAGAGUGGUCUAUUAACGCAUAUGGAACACAUGAGGAUGGACCCGAAACAUCAGUUUGCAGCGCAGUACGUACUGAGUCGAGCAGCCGCGGAAAGGCGAGAACGCGAACUUCUAGCUGGAUCGAGUCUAGAGCGGUAUCUAUCGUGUUCGGGAGCUGGCCUCGGUGUCCUUGGUGGUCAAAUGGGCGGACCUCAGAAUCUGCAGCAACCACCCAUGUGCCCCUCGCCGUCGGCUCACUCGGACAGCAGUAGCGGCAACGGAAGACUGUCCUCGGCCGGUAGUGAACCUGCAGAGUUUCACGCAGGCGCCGGUCUACUGAACAACAACAAUAACAAUAACAAUAACAACAACAUGGCAUCGCCCGGGCCGAGCGGCAACAAGCUCAGCGAGAUGCUGCGCGCCGGCAAUCAGCAGACAACGGCGCAACAGUACCACGACGAGAUGCAGUCGCAGCAGCAGAGGAUGGCUGUCAUGGCAGCCGCCGUCUCAGCGGGUCUGCAAAACUCGGUGUCGCCGAAUCUCUCGCCGGUGGACGUGGCCUCGCUGGCCGCAGCCAUGCGCAUGGGCAACAACGGCGACAUGAGCUCGACCGGUACCGGUCAGGGCCAGGGUGGCGCCAACAACACGACGGGCCAGCAGCAGGGCGUACAGUCGUCGACGGGCAGCGAGCAGGCGCUGAGGCUACAGCAGGCCGAGGCACUUUUGCGCUCGCAAGCCGAGCACGCUCUCAGGCUCGCGGUAUCACAGGCGGCUGCGGCUGCGGCUAGUUCGGCCAACGACAUGAGACAUCAUUUGGGACAGCACAAUGGUGGUGGUACGACUGGAAUGUCAGGACAUCACAAUAACCAACAGCUAUCCCAACAGGACACGCUAUCUCCAGAUUUAGGGGAAGCGUUACGACUGCAAGAGCAACGACUGGAGCAUGCCUUGAGGCUUCAUGGCGAUCCACGUGCCCUGAGCUUCACCCUCCAGCACGUUGUCAACCAACAAAACAAUCAGCAACCAUGAAAAUUCGGAUACUACUGAGAUGAGUGGACCCCUUGGACGCAGGACAACGCGUCCGUCUCGCUCAACAACUCGAUCGACAAUCUGCAGGCUGCCACUCAGCAGCAGCAGCAGCAACAGCAACAACAACAGCAACAGCUGCAGCAGCAACAACAGCAGCUUCAGCAGCAGCAGCAGCAUCAGAUGUCAUUGAGCAGCAACGAGCAUCAACAGCAGCAGACGGGCGUUAAAUUGACGAUACCUCAGAUCCACGAUGAUCAGCGUGGCAUCAAGAGGAAGGCCGACGAGAUAAGCGGCAACAACAUCGUCGAGAACGCGUAGACAAUUGACUGCGCCAGUGCCAGCGUUCAAGUGAAAGGUCACAACGUAAUCACUCGUUGUCUCAGCUAGUAUGCAUGAAAUAAUUUUUAAUACUCGAAAAUACACAAAUCGUCGUGAAAACGACAAAAACAUUAUGACAAUACGACCAAUAUGUUAACGGAGUAUUUAAAGCGGAAUCAACAGAAACAUCGACGACCGGAUUUGAAGCAGCCACCGAUUAGUACAUAAUUUUAAGCACCGUAUGAGUGUGACGAAUGUGUACGCGGAUCGUACGCGGCAUGUAAUCAAGCGAUCGAAGAUCGGCGUCGUUUUGAAAACGAUCACCGAAACAUAUACCGAUCUCUUGGUCAUUUGCCGGCGUUAGAUUUUAAGUCGAUAGUUGUUUCAUCUCUUUGAAGCGGGUUUUCCAUACCGAUUCAAUCAGCUUAAUAAUUAAACGUUAACAAUAUGAGUGUAAAAGCUGGAGAUUAAGAUCCGUUGUUGGGUGCCACAUUUGGGAUAGCGAUGGGCAUUCGCUGGAUACACAGCGAAACUCAUCGUCGUUUAAAAAUGCUUGGAAGCCUGAAGACGUGCCAUAAUUAAUAAAUAACAAAGUCGUUUACUCAGCUAUACGAAAAACCCGUCGUUUUGAAGUGGAGGUUUUCUCCUGAAUGGUGCGAAAUCUCCAUUUCAGGACGAUGGGCUUGCGCUAAUUAAAUGAAUUGAUCGAACGCGGAAUAUUGGGUCUCGAGCCACCCUUGACGUUCCGCGAUACAGGCUCGAUUGAACUCGUAGCUUAUUCACUAAGCUCUCAACUUAAAGAUUAUAAAACAAAUUGUAUAGGACUUUUCAGACUUACGAUUAUCUCUUAAGAACUCUUUCCUCCACCACCAACCCACAUGUAAUUUUUAAGAUUCGCGAGAUUGUUUAUAUAUAUAGUAAGUAUAUAUAAACUUGUGUAUAGUAUGAAAAAUAUGAUAUACGCGACGUCGUCGUAAUCGGUAUAAAAGUGUUGAAGUAACGCCGCAUGGAUAAUAAUAAUUAUAAAAAAAAAUAAUUGAUAAUAAUUAUGAUACGCAGCGUUACGGACGUUCAUAAAGUUAGUAGCGAAAGAAAUUACCGAGCGGGACAGACAAAGACGUCGCGCAUACCCGACCAUUCGAACGGAAAUAAGAAAAACUUAUUGAACAAAACUGUAUAUGAUAAAAUUGACGUGACGAUAGACUGACUGACAGCCCCAACUAUCCCUGCACACAAAUUACACAACACACACACAUACAUGCAUGUGUAUAUGCGUGAUCUUUAAGCGUGUACUUGGCACGCAUGUAUACGUAUGCAAUUAAUAUGUACAUACAUUUGAAGGAUUCUCAAAAAAUUUUUUAACGUAUAUGUAUACAU